CGGGCCUAAUUCUCCACUGAGUAAGGCGGAGCCUGGGUGUGGGUGUGGACGGUGAUGUGGGGUGAGCGGAUGGUGAAGUGUGAGUGUGUGGGGACGGUGGUGCGGCGCGCGCGCUGCACCUCGAGCUCUCUGCAUUGUCUGGGUCCCUGCCAGUCGCUCUCUGCUCCUGCUUUCUCUCAGGGCCACAGGGCUGAAGAAGAGGACCAGGCUUCAGUGACGAGAGGUCAGGGACGGAGUCUGAGGGAAGCUUCCCCUGAGGUCCGGACUGGAGCUUGGGGCGAGCGUUUGAGGCCGGAAGCGCCUCCGAGGGUCGCCUAGGAGGGCAGCUGCUUGUGGAGUCCAUAACUUUCUCAGAGCUCUGGCCAUCGGGAGUGUGGUGGGAAGUGAGGAGAGCGCUCGCUCGCUCGGAUGCACAGCCUGGGAUCUCCUGCUUGCCCGGGCUCCCCGAGUCCGCGUUACUCAGAUGAGGGCCUGGAGAAGAAUGCGAACGCUAUUGCUGCACUUCUAAGAUUCGAGAGGGAGGAUCCUGAAGAAGGAUGGCCAGCUCUAGUUCUCAAGACAUGGUCUGUGGGUCAGUGACAUUCAGAGAUGUGGCUGUUGUCUUCUCUCGGAGGGAGUGGGCCUACCUGGAUGCUUCUCAGAGGGUCUUAUACAGGGACAUAAUGUUGGAGACCUACAGCAACCUCGUCACAGUGGUGGGAAGUUCCAUUUCCAAACCCGAUCUGAUUGCCUUAUUAGAGCAGAAGAGAGAGCCCUGGAUGGUUGUGAAGAAACAAACAGACAGGCCCAGCCCAGAUUUGGAGUCACAUUAUAAAGUUCAAAAAACAUCUGCAGACAAUCAUAUUUCUAAUAUAAAUUUACCCAAAGAGAGUGGAAAGCAUAUAAGUAAAACUUUUGACCUCCAGGGCUCCAGUUUUAGUAAUGGCCCCAACUGUAUUACAUCCAAGGCACUACAAAAUUAUCAAGAAGGAGAUGCUAAUCAAAAGAUUACAAACAAGGAAAAACUACCUACUGACACCUGCCAGACUCCUACUCGUAAUACAAAAAAAACAUAUGAAUGUACUGAGUGUGGGAAACACUUUGGUUGUAGUUCAGAUCUUACUCAGCAUCAGAGUGUUCAUACUGGAGAGAAACCCCAUGAAUGUAAGGAAUGUGGGAAAGCCUUCAGAUUCCAGCAACAGCUUAGAAGACAUCAGAAGUAUCAUAGUACUGAGAGACCUUUUGAAUGUGAUGAAUGUGGAAAGGCUUUUCAACUUCCCAGCAUGCUUAAGUACCACAAAACCAUUCAUACAAGUAUAAAACCAUUUGAAUGUGAAGAAUGUCGGAAGUCCUUCAAGCUAGUCUCCCACCUUGUUGAACAUAGGAGUGUUCAUGCUGGUGUGAAACCCCAUGAAUGUAAGGAAUGUGGGAAAGCCUUUAGACUCCAGCAACAGCUUAGAAGACAUCAGAAGUCUCACAGUGCUGAGAGACCUUUUGAAUGUGAUGAAUGUGGAAAGGCUUUUCAUCUUCCCAGCCUGCUUAAGUACCACAAAACCAUGCAUACAAAUAUAAAACCAUUUAAAUGUGAGGAAUGUGGGAAGUCAUUCAAGCUAGUCUCCCGCCUUGUUGAACAUAGGAGUGUUCAUGCUGGUGUGAAACCCUAUGAAUGUAAGGAAUGUGGGAAGGCCUUCAGACUCCAACAACAGCUUAGAAGACAUCAGAAGUCUCACAAUGGGGAGAAACCUUUUGAAUGUGAGAAAUGUGGGAAAGCCUUCAGACUUCCCCACCAACUAAAAGGACAUCAGAAAUCUCAUAGUGGUGAGAGACCUUUUGAAUGUGAGGAAUGUGGGAAGUCCUUUAAGCGAGUCUCCCACCUUGUUGAACAUAGGAUUAUUCAUGCUGGUGUGAAACCAUAUGAAUGUAAUGAAUGUGGAAAAGCCUUUAAACGUCGCUCAAACUUCUUGCAACAUCAGAAAAUUCAUACUGCUGAGAGACCCUUUCAGUGUAAGGAGUGUGGAAAAGCCUUCACUGUUCUUGAAGAACUCACUAAGCACCAGGACAUUCAUACUGGAGAGAAAUCAUUUGAAUGUCAGCAGUGUGGGAAGACAUUCAGUUGUAGUUCAUUGCUUUUGCAGCACCAGAAUAUUCAUACUGGUGAGAAACCCCUUGAAUGUAAUGUAUGUGGGAAGACUUUUAGGCUUCAGGCAUACCUUUCUGAGCAUCAGAAAAUUCACACUGAUGAGAAAUCUUUCAAGUGCAAGCUGUGUGGAUCAGCCUUCAGACAAAAGUCCCAACUUAGUGAGCAUCAGAGAAUCCAUACUGAUGAGAAACCAUAUCAAUGCAAGGAAUGUGGGAAAUACUUUAGUCGACGUUCAGAUUUAACUGGGCAUCAGAGUAUUCACACUGGAAAAAAAACUUUUAUUUGUAAGGAAUGUGGGAAAGUCUUUAGGCUUAAUAUACAUCUCAUUCGCCAUCAGAGAUUUCAUGAUGGUGAAAGACCCUUUGAAUGUAAAGAAUGUGGAAAGGCUUUUCAUCUUCCCAGCCAGUUUAAUUACCACAAAAACAUUCUUCAUACAGGUCAAAAAAAACAUUUGAAUGUGAGGAAUGUGGAAAGUCUUUCAAUCGAGUCUCCAGCCUUGUUGAACGUAGGAUUAGUCAUACUGGUGUAAAAUCAUAUGAAUGUAGUCAGUGUGGGAAAGCCUUUAAUCGUUGAUCAAACUUAGUCAACAUCAGAAAAUUCAUUCUGGUUUGAGACCCUUUCAGUGUAAGGAAUGUGAAAAGGCCUUCACUGUUCUGGCAAAGCUCACUCAGCACCAGAACAUUCAUACUGGAGAGAAAUCAUUUUAAUGUGAGCGCUGUGGGUCAGCCUUCACACCUCAGUACCAGCUUACUCAACAUCAGCUAAUUCAUACUUGUGAGAAGCUCUUUUAAUGCAAGGAAUGUGGAGGACCAUUUUGAUAUUAUUACCAAUUUCAUACUGGUAAAGAUCCUUAUAAAUGUAAAGAAUGUGGGAAGUACCUUACUUGUGAUAGAUACCUUAAAGCACAUCAAGGAAUUCACACUAGUGAGAAGAAACUUUACCAGUGUUAAGAAUUUGGUUGGAAGCUCUUUAGUCGAAAAUGAAAGUUUGUUUGACAUAUAAAAUUCAUAUUGGAAAGAAGCCUUAUAGAUGCAAGGAAUGUGGAAAAGCCUUUAGCAGUAAUUCUGAGCUACCUGUAUAUCAGAAUUUAUAAUGGUGAGAAAUCCUAUGAAAGUCAGAAAUAUGGGAAAAUGUUUAGAUUUAGUUCAGCCUUCACUGCACAGCAGAGAAGACAUACUGGCAUGAAGCCCUAACACUAUAAAGAAUGUGGAAAGACCUUUAAGUAGAGCUCAGUCCUUAACAUAAAGGAAACCAUGCUGGUGUGAAACCCUAUGAAUGCAAGGAAUGUAGGAACAUUUAUUGAAUUAGCUCAGCUCCUAAAUCCCAUCAGAGCCCAGUAGACUUGAAACCCUGUGAAUGUAAAGAAUGUGAGAAAGCCUUUAUUGUAAAUGGUAAGCUUACAGGACAUUAAAAAUCCAUAAUCAUCAGUUCUAUGUUUUUAAGAAGGUAGACAAGCUUUUGUAUGGAAGUUUUACUGAACAUCAGAGGACUCAUGGUCAAGACUGUUCCUGAAAAGAAUGUGGGAAGAAUCAUCUGCCCUAAGAUUUGGUCAACAUCAGAGUAUUCAUAUAUUCUUGAUGCCAAGAUCCCUUAGAGAAUCAGAGUGUGGGAAGUAUGUUGUUCCAAGGAGGUAUUCUGUUGAGAAUGUCUUUGAAUGUCAGAAAUAAUAGGGAAGACAUCAUGUUCUUGAUUUACUUUCAUCUUGUUAAUUUUAUAAACUUAAUAUAUCAGUCACUUCUCAGCCAACUUAGGGAGAGCAGUUAUUGGAACUAGGUUUAUUUGUAGCAUCUCCCUUGUCAAUAUUAACAUCCUAUGGCUUCUGUUAAUGGCCAGCACUAUAUCUGCCAAAGUCAUGGGGACAAGGUUUUAAUUGAUAUAAAAUCCUUGAAAGAGAAUUUGCUUCCUGCCCUCAUUCUGUAAAGUAGCUUUUAAAGUGUUCUUGCUUUUAUAGGCAUUACUGUAACUGAUAUGAAAGACAAAUCAUACUGCAGAUACCUUAGAAAAUUCUCAUGCAUUUCUCCACUAGAAAUUUGAAAUAACUUCAUUCUCUAUACUUCUAAUGCAUGAAAAGGUACGUGAAAGGACUUUCAUUGAGAAUCCAUUCUUUAAGUAUUUGUGUGGAGUUGUUAAUACACAACUGUUAAUGAAUAAGUACUUUUUUAAAGGGGUUAAACACAGAAAUUUCAAAAGGUAAAACCCUAUAAUGUGUGCUCUCUGCCCAGACAUUAAGAUAAGCUAUACAUUUGUGACAGGGCAAGACAGUGCAGAGGCUCCUCCAUCUCAUAUUCUUGCUGAGGCCAUUUUAAUUUUGAGCAGAAUUUGACUAAUGAUGGAGAAUCUUGUGAAAAAUUCCCCAACUAUAGUCUAGGAGCCAGAGGUCAAGAUCAUCCAGCUACUUUAUCUUGGCUUCUGUUUAACUGUGCGUGGGCAAAAGCUCCCUUUCCAGCAGUUGAGCAAGAUAACAGGAUGUGUUUUUUUUCUUAUAAUAGCCCCUUGCUCUGAAUGCUUGGGGCUACACUUCGAUCCCAAAUACCCGAGUGAUGUUCUAGCAAACUGGAAUAACGACUUUCAGUUGGCUAUAAACUCUGGUCUGAAUGGUCUUCUCUGGUGACCUUCCAGUAAAACAUUAACAAAAAUAGCCAAAAUUGAAACUACUUAUAAAAAUACAUGUGAGUUCAAGGCCAGCCUGGUCUACUGAGCGAGAUCCAGGAAAGGCACAAAGCUACACAGAGAAACACUGUCUCGGAAAAAAAAAAGUACAUGUGUAAAAUUUUUUAUAUAUAUGGGAAAGUUGGAAUAAUCGGCAACAGACUUCUAUAUCCCACCUAGAUUCAAAAUUGUCAACAGUUUACUAUGUUGAUUCUGUUUUUCUAUGUAUAUGGGUAUUUGGGGCUGUGCCAUUAAGAAUACCUUUUAAAACCUGAUGGUGUUGGUACACAUCUUUAAUCUAACCAGCACUCAGGAGGCAGAGACAGGUGGAUCUUUGUAAGUUCAAGGCCAGAGUGAUGUACAUAGCUAGUUCCAGUCAGCUAGGGUGGGUACACAGAGAAACUCUUUCUGAAUUAAAAAAAAAAGAAAAGAAAAGAAAAAAAAAAGAAUAUGCGUUAGAGUUAGGUGUCUGUGAUAGUAUAUGUCUGAAUCCCAGUACUUGGAAUGCUGAGGCAGGACAGUCAAGAAUUGGGGGCAAGUUUAGCUACAUUGUGACUUCAAGUCCAACUUUGGCUGUCUAGAGACCCUUUCUU